AUUAUUUUAAUUUACAGCAUGAAAACUAUAAAAUUAUUAUAUUUGGCAUAAUUAUACAAACAUUUAAAUAUGUGAGUAACAUUAAAAAUAUAUAAUAAUUAUAUAAAACAAAUAUCUAUAUAUAUAAAUGUGAAAAUAUAUACCCGCACGGUUGUGCGGGUGGAAAUCUAGUAAUCUAUUAAAAGAAGAGUACAAAAUAAAAAUACCCAUUAGUUUUGUAAGUUAUUUACACUCCAAUGCCACUGAUAUAUUUAAUGAACCUAUUUUUAAGUUUCUUUUGUCUUUUACAGAUUAAUUAAUGUAUGUCAUAAAUCUAUUUUAAACAGAAAAAGGUCUAAAGCUUAAAAUUAACUCCACAAAAUAUUCCUAAUAUCAAGGACUUUCCAAAUUUAAGGUAUCCCUAAUUUAUUGCUAUCCAAUUAACUAAAAUAAAUCAAUAUUUUGUAUACAAUCUAUAUUCUUGACUAAUCAUAUAGUAGAUAACAAUAAAAUAUUAGAAAACCUAAAAUAAAAAUGAACAACAAAUUUUUUUCAUAUAUAUAUAUAUAUUAUCCCAUAUAUAAAAUAAUAUCAACUUAUCAGUUACAAUCAUUAAUAGAAUAUUUAAGACACAUAUAUUCUUUUUAUAAAACUACUUCAUAAUAGAAAAAUUAAAUGUUCUAUUACAAAAUCAUAAUAUAAAAUCUUAACUAACCAAAUAUGAUAUAAUCUAAAAUAUUUUAAAUUAAUGUGGAAUAUUUUAUCGUAAAAUAUUUUAUAAAUUAAAAAUGUUUUAAAUUAGUGUGAAAUAUUUUGUCUUAAAAAUAGCAUCCAAUACCUAACUAUUUAUUCCUAAGAACUAAAAAUGUUUAAAACACAUGUAAAUAGUCAAUUAACAUCACCAACUGGAAAAUUAUUAUGUAAAAAUAAAAAAUACUUAUAAAUAUGUACUUUAUGCAUAAUUAUAUCAUUGAUUCUAUUGAAAAGAAAAUAUAACAAAACAAAUAUAUAUAUAUAUAUAUAUAUACAUAUAAUUGGCAAAUAUUAUUGUUGUUGAAAACACAAUAAAAUUAUUGUUGAUCUCUCUUAUCAAACUGUGUGUUUAAAAAGUAAAUAUUAAAUAUUUAUGAAAUAUUGGUAAGUUUUAAUAUAAUAUAUAUAUAUAUAUAUUAUUUUAUCUUUUAAAAUUUAUUUUGGACAAUAUAAAAGUAAAAAAAAAUAUCCGCACGCCUAUGCGGAUCAAAAUCUAGUUUCAAUUAUAAAUAUUUAUUUUAGGUUUUUAUUUUGAUAUUUUUGUAUUCAAGAUUGAGCUUAAGUUUGGUAUGAAGUUUCAUAAGUUUAUGCUCUUUAUUUUAUUUUUUAGACAUGGGUUCAGAUUUAGACGAAACAAAAAUAAUCUAAAACAGCCUAAAACAAAACCCAUUCAGAUAUGUAUGUAGAAUUUUGAAGUUCGUUUUUUUUGUCGACCUCUAAAAUUUAUAAGACUGACUGACUUGUCGUUUUAUCAAAAACUAAAAAGAAAUAAAACACCAAUAAAUGGAAACGCUAUUCGUUCUUCCCUUUUUCUUGGGAAAUCGCAAUCAGGAAAAGGAAACCUUUCACCCCAAGUCUCAUUGUCCUUUACAAUUUAUGAUCUUUUGGUUGGCAACAAACCAGUUUAAUCCCUUUACUCCUGUCUAGUAAGAUUCUUUAAUCUUGUGUCCAAAUUGAAUCGAAAACUUAUCAAAGUUUAUUAAUUGACCUGAAACUACUUUAUAUUUCUUUAAAAUUUUGAGGAUAGUGUGAUUCUUCUUUUUGAAUUUUACAUAAGAAGAGACUAUCAUCUGCAAAAAGUAAAUAGGAUAUCGAUGGACAUGCUCUGGCUACCUUAAUAACCGUUAAUUGUCUUCCUCUCUUCGUCUUCUUAAUAUUUGCAAUCAAAACCUCAAUACACAUAAUAAAUAAAUAGAGAGAUAAUUGAUUUCUUUGACGAAAACCCUAUGUAACACAAUGAGGCCUUGUGGUUGGCCAUUUAGUAGAACCCGAUAUUGGACCGAUGAUAUACACUCCAUCAUUAGUUUAAUCCAAUGAUAAUGAAAACCCAUCUUCUGUAGUAAUACUUUAAUAAAAUCUCAUUCUACCCUAUUAUACGUUUUACUCAUGUCUGUUUUAACUGUCAUAUACUUUCCUUGACACGCUUUAUUAGUCCGUAAUCCAUGAAACAUUUCCUGGGCUAUAAGAAUAUUAUCAUAGAUCAAUCGUCCUGCCACAAGUGCCGAUUGAAUUUCUGAUACGAGGGAGGGUAUGCAUAUUUCCAAUCGUUGACACAAAACAUUCGAAAUAAUUUUAUACCCUACGUUACAUAGGCUGAUUGGCCGCAUUUCCGUUAUCUUUGUAUGCCUCUCCAUCUUUGGAAUCAUACAUAUAUUAGUAAUAUUUAACCUUGAAUCAAUUUCUCUAGAAACUAGAAAAUUAUUCACCAUUUCAACCAAAUCACUCUUAAUAAUAUGCCAUGAAUGUUAAAAAAAGAAAGUUGUCAUGCCAUCCGGUCCUGACGCUUUCUCUGGGUGCAUCAUAAACAGAACCUCUCUCACCUCGUCCUCGAUCGCUAUCUUCAAUAAUCGUUGAUUCAUCUGAGAAAUAAUAUCUGGUAUUGUUAUCUCUGAGAGGAACCUGUCAAACUUCGGUGGAAAAGUGAUGCUAAAUAGUUCUUUAAAAUAGUUUAUUACCACUUUUUUUACUCUAUUAUUCUCUGUAAUCCAAUUUUCUGUGGCAUUAUGUAGCCCAACGAACCAGUUUAAUAUUUGUCUUACCUCUAAAAUUUAUAAGACUCACUGACUUGUCGUUUUAUCAAAAACUAAAAAGAAAUAAAACACCAAUAAAUGGAAACGCUAUUCGUUCUUCCCUUUUUCUUGGGAAAUCGCAAUCAGGAAAAGGAAACCUUUCACCCCAAGUCUCCUUGUCCUUUGGUUGGCAACAAACCAGUUUAACCUCUCUCUAUAUAUACAUUCAGAGCUAUGGAUGGGAGCCUAAUAAAUCACAAUUUCAUCAACCUCUCACACACGAAUCUUUUUUCUCUGCUCCGAUCGUUCCAAAAAUAAUUAAUUUCUAAAAAAAAUUUCCCAAAGGUUCCGAUGAACGAAGACUUGAUUCUUGAUAUCAUGUCAUGUUGUCCUGCAACGGAGAUUUCAAAAUUCCGUCUACUAAACAAAGCAUGCAACAAACGAUCUUAUGAGUUCCACUUCAUCAAUCACCAUCUCCAUAAAACCAACUCUGUUUUAGGCUAUUUUAUUCAAGAUCAUAAAAAGCAUCGCCGCCCAGGAUUUGUUGUCUUCGGUGGUGCCGAAGAAGAAGCUCCUGAAAAACCAAGAAUCUCCCUCGAGUUUCUUCCUUCCAGAGGUGUAAAGAUCGAAGCGUGUGAUGCACAUCAUGGGAUUUUUUUAUGUGUUGAUGAUAAAUUUAAAGGAGGGAGAAGAAUACCAGAUUACAUUGUUUGUAAACCGACUACAAAACAAUACCGGAUCAUACCAAACCCGAAGACCCGGUAUUUUACUAUUGCAAUUGGUUUGAUGGUGAUUCAGUCGAACCCGUUUCGUUAUAAGAUCGUUAGGGUUUCUGAACCACUACCGUGGGAAAGAAGGAAGACUAGUGAGGGUUUCUAUAAUCUCAACUGUGAGGUUUUUGAUUCUGAUACUUAUGCGUGGAAGCGAUUGAAUGAUUUAGAACUACCAAGUGGCGAGUUUCUCCGGAGAUCAGAAAAGCCAGAAUCAUCGUACGGUUUCUUGCAUUGGUUAACUGGGAAAAACAAUGUGAUUCAGUUUUGUAUGCAAACCGAAACUUGGUCUUUCUUUCCGUUGCCGGAAGAUGUAAUGAGCGAUGGUUCUUCUCUAGACUUGGUCAGCUACGAAGGAAAGUUAGCUGUACUUUGUUCGAAUUCGAAUUCGAGAUGGUAUGAUUUAUGGGUUUUAGACAACAGUUCAGGAAAAUCGUGGGCUAAUGUAAAAGAUGUGCAAGUUACAGAUUUAGAAGACAAAUAUGCAAAACCCCUAUGGUUUCUGAGUAACGACGUCAUAUUAGUGGCAGGUUUCGCUCGCCUUGGUCUCUACAACACGAAUAGCAACAAGUUUCAGUAUUUGCAAAAGACGACUCAAGAAUGCUUGCCUUAUUAUUUGCCUAGAGAUGUUUGUUUCCCUUUUUAUUCCAAUUUUGAAAGUAUUUGUCUAAAUGAAGAUCAGAUCACACUGGAAGAUCAAAGACAAAACCAAAGAUGAAAGAAAAUUAUUAGUUAUGUAAAAUUUCAUCUUAUUCCAAAACAUAUUAAAUUGUUGUCACAUGGUUCUAUAUCCUCUUCUUUUUGUACGUCGGAUAUUGUACACUUUGAAUCCAACAAACAAAACCCGAAUAAUUUAGUUUUGGUUUCCUAAAAUAUCUCGUACUAAUCAUAGUUAGUACAUUAUUCUUUAUUCUUUUAUAUGCUAGACAUUAUUUAUCUAAAUUUUCAGUGUAGACUUUGAUUGCAUUCACAAUAAUCCUCUUCUCAAGCCAAAUACCGUACAAACCCUUAGCCUCCAACCUUCUGUGAAACCUUUAUUAUACCAUUAGGAUUAACCUAAGCCUUGCUGCACCAUUAAAGAUUCCAGCCUAAUUCUUACAACACCAUUACGAAUUAUCCACCUAAUCUUUGUUUCACUUUUAAGGAGAGACUUUCAACACAAGUUUUUGGCAUCCAUUACUUAUCCAGCAUAAUCCUAGAGAUUGGAAAUACGGUCUGAUCCUUUAUGCAGCCAUGACAACUGCCAGUGCCAAUUUUUCCAUUGAUGGAUAUACAUCGUCUCGGCGUCGGUUAGUGAAGUAGUAUAUCGGGCUUUCUCAUUAUUUUCUUCGCGAAUCAGGACUCUGCUAACGGCAGAUUUCGAGGUCGGUAUGUAGAUGUAUAGGGUUUCGCCUUCUAAGGGGUUUUAAUAAUAUGGGAGGUUCGCUGAUAUAUGCCUUCAGUGUUUUCAGGACACCGCGGUGUCGCACUCGUCGUUCCACCGAAACUUCUUGUUCCCCUUAAGACUUUGUAAAAUGGAAAGCAUUUAUCUGUUGAUCGCAAAAUGAAGAUAUUCAACACACUAUUUUUCGGUGAGUAUUUGGACUUCGCGGGUUGAUCUCGGAGCAGGCGUGUCGAUGAGGUCUCCUACUGUUUCGGGCUUGCUUUGAUUCCUCUUUCUGUUAAGAGAUAUCCAAGGAACUCGCCUGAUGCGACUCUGAAAGAGCAUUUGGUCGGGUUCAAUUUAAUUCAUAAUUUAUUCAAGAUGUUGAAAAACUCUUGUAGUUGGGAAAUGUGAUCUUUGGCUUUGAAUUAUUUUACUAGCAUAUCAUCGAUGUAGACUUACAUGGUGUUGCCCAGCUGCUUGGAGAACAUCUGAUUUACGAGCCCCUAGUAGGUGGCCCCGAUGUAGUUGAGGUAGAAAGGUAUCACUUUAUAAUAGUAGGUUUCGUGAUGUGUGAUAAAUAUCGUUUUUUCUAGGGUUCAUCAUAAUUUGUUUGUAUCCGGAAAAAGCGUCUAUGACCGACAAAAGUUCAUGUCCUGUAGUAGCCUCCACCACCCUGUUUAAGGUUAGUGAAGUCUAUGCACUCUUUCCAUUUUCCAUAUUUUUACCACCAUGGGGUUGGCGAGCCAAUCUGGAAGUUUUUUGAUUUUAUCGCUGAAUGCUUUGGUUUGCUCGGGUCCCAAUUUUUGUCAUUUUUGAUUUAUGGGUUUAAACAUCGGAUCGUGGGAGGUGACUUCAAUGUUAAUUCCUGGCAUGUCUUCUGCCGACCACAAGAACGUAUUGAGGUUAUGUUUAAAAAAAAAGAGGUCGUUCUUGAUUUUGGGGGAGAGAUCUUUUACAAUGCCUACGCAUCUUUCGGGGAAGCAAUUGUCGAGACUAACGGAUCUGGUGAGGCUUUUCCCAGGGUUCAGAUCAAGUCAUUGCAUGCUUUUGGAGAGACCUUUUCUGCGAUCCCGUCCUCGAAUUGUUUCAACUUUAGAUGGAGAGGUGAAGUUCACACAUUUGGGGUAGAUCGAUGGGACGCCUUCAUCUUCCGGAGCUAUGGCCUCCCGAGUACGGCGUCGAAGGGCGUAUGUUGGUCUAUCAUUGCGAACUUGAUCAUGUGAUGGGCGUCGCUAGCUUUGACGACUAACAGGAUCGAACCGACUGGAUGGAUCGUGGCUCCGCCGAAGCUGACAAACGUUGUCGUUCCUGGUGCUAUCCCGGAGUUGGGUAUCCCAUGUUCUUGAACGUUUCGUAAGAAAGGGUGUCGAUGGAAUAUCUGGUAUCGACAAGUAUAUUCGACAUGUGAGCCCCGUCGACCUCCAGUUGGAUGACGAGUGCAUAGUUGUGCGGUUUAUCAAAAUCCAAAGUCUCUUGCUCCCAGAACACAUUUUUUUCCUCAGGAGAUGUCGUUAGAUCUGAUCUCACUGACCCUGUGAACAUCUUCUUAUGGUUUCUACCCAGGGCAUCGCGAUCACAUUGUCUUGAUGUUCCUGGUACGCAAUCAGGUUGCCUAUCCAGUCUUUUGAAACCGGAUUCUCUGGGCAAUCGCUCCAUCGGCCUUUGUGUUGCGGUUCAUCCAUCUAUGUUCCUCUUUAAGAGCCGGUUCGGUAGAGGUUCGAGUGCUGUGUAUGGCAGAUCCAUUUUUGUGCUUCUGAAUCUUAUAUCAGAUCCUCAGCAACAUGUUUUUUCGUUUCCCUUCUCCAUAGACGGAGCCAAAAUGUGGAUCCUAAAACCCACACAAGGUAUUUAGUAAUGAUUAUAUGUGAAUAAGAACUAAAUGAGCAACGAUAACAACGUAAUCUACCUCAGUUCGACGAAAAUUGACUUUUAUAUAUUGAUGUUUAGCACAAAAGGGGUUUACAAGGUAUCAAUGAACAAGAUCGAGUAAGCUUGAAACUGUGAUCUAAAGAUAGGGGGAUCGAGGUCGAAGUGGAUGGGAAUAAUGUCUAUGUCUCAGAAUAUGCCCCCUCUUUUCUCCCACGUUCAACAUUUGUUACCGAAAGAAACAGUUUGGCUUCAUAAGCUAAGUGAACAUUUUCAACUGUAGGGGUGAAAAAAACAAAUGUAAAAAACGAAACUAAAGCCGAAAACCUAAAUAGUAUAGAUCCAAAGAUGAAUCCGCACCAAACUAAAUUAAACAUAAAAAAUUCAAAACUAAGAAUGGUUCUUGUUUUAUGGUAUUUCGAGUUUUUGAUUUUGUUCAAACUCAAAUAAAUACCAAAACAAUUCAAAAGUUUCAAAACCUUUAAAAGUACUAGGGGUGGGCACUUCAGUUAUUUUCUCGGUUCGGUUCGGGUUUGGUUUGGUUAGUUCGGUUCUAGUAUUUUUUCCAGCAGAAAUAAACCAAAGUUAGUUUGGCUUAGUUUGGGUCGGUUUAUAUUCGGUUAUGUUUAUUUUUUGGAUCAGUUUAAUUAGUUUUAAUUUAAUUUUUUAAGAGAAAUUAUGUUUUAAAACAUAAAUUAAAUAAACAUAAACUAUGUGAACUAAAUUCAAUAUAAAACUGAAAAAAAACUUUUAAAAAGUCACAAAAUAUAUAAGAAUUAAAACAAAUAAAAUUUAACUAAAAUAAAAUAAAACCAACAUCAUUAGUAAUGUCUCUUAUAUCAUUAUUAAAAAUCUUGCAAUGAAUCGUCUUCCAGGUGACGCUGUGGAGAAAAAAAAUGUUUUUAAUAAAAUUUGCUUUACGUUUUAGGUUUAGAUUUAACAUCCAUGUUUACAUAUAAUAAUAUAAAAAUACACACUUUUCUAUUUUUUUUUUAAAAUCAAAUAUUUUGAUGAUUGCAUAUUUUACAAAAAUAUAUGUUAAUGAAUGAAAAAUGGAAAAUAAGUGGUUGGUAUUAGAAUUUUAGUAUUAGUAUUAUGAUAUUACUAAUAUUUUUAAUUUAAAUAAUUACAAAAACAAAUCGGUUUAUCGGUUCGGUUCUGUUUACCAACCACUUAUUUUUGGGAAAUUUUUACCUGAAUGGUUUGAAAUAGACUUUGGUUUGAUUUGAAUCGAUUUGACUCGGUUCGGUUUGGUUCUAUUUGACUCAGUUCGGUUUGGUUUUUUUGCCCACCCCUAAAAAAUACAAUACCAAACAUGACCAACCCCAAAUAAGUAUUCAAAACACUCAAAAAUCUCAAUGAAUUCGUAGUAGAAAUAUAUGAAUAAUUGAUUAUACCAUUCAGUCUAAUGAAUACUUUUGACAUGCACUUUUAAGCUUCGAGAUAUUUUGUGUUACAAAUAUUUAAUAAAAAUGCAUCAAAUAUUUUGUUAGAUAUGCUAAAAUGGGCCAGUCUCAUUUUUUUUUUUUACGACAAAAGGCUAAGAAACUAAGAAGAUUCCUGAUCCGAGAACCACCUCGGAGGAACUGAGUCAACAUAAACCAUAGCAGAUGGCGAAGUUCUAGCACCUCGUGCCAGCUUGUCUGCCAGAGUAUUUUGCGCCCUUAGUAUAUGCUGAAUAGUAAAGUUGAGAAAGAAUUCCUUACAUCGCAGAAACUCCUCCAUGUGUGUAGUGAACGCCGACCAUUCUGUCGGUGUAGACACCAUCUUCACCAAUUGAGAACAGUCUGUUGCAAACACCAAGAAGUAGACCAUUGGAUUCGAACUCUCUCUUCAUACCCAUUUAAGAUCUGAAAACUUCAAUCUCUCUUCAUACCCAUUUUAUUUUAGUUUCGAUUAAAGUUGCAUAUUAAAUAUGUGAUAAUUACUUUGGCUAAUUUAGGGUUUUUUUUAACGCUGAUUUAUUAUGAUCUUACAAUUAUGAUAUAUGAAAGAUUACAUAGACGAUUCGACAACCGAUAAUACUACAUGCCUUAUGAAGACCUACGCCUAAUUGCAUCACCUAAGCCAUCCUAUGAAGAUCCACGCCUGGCCAGAUUUACUUGCACCAUGUUGAAGAUCCCUUGUAAGUCUUUCCUCUGUAGUCUCCAUAAUUGUUUAAUAAACCGCUCUCUCCGGGACUUGAAACCUCGAUUUUCUGUAAUCUGCAAUAAAUUGCAUAGUCUAGGAUUCGAACCCCAGACCUGGGUGUAGAAGUCUUUAAACCUUAAUUUAGAGCCUUUUAAACUUAGCUACAACAAUUUUAAUAAAACAAAUUUAAAUUAUUUUAAAAUUUUGAAAAUAUAUUUGAAGUGUAUUUAAUUAGGUAGAACAUUUCGUGAAAUAUGUUUAUAAUAUUUGAUAUUUUGGUACAUUUCCAUUUAGAGUAACAAUUCAAUAUAUUUCACAUAUAUUGUUUGAUUCGAUAUUGGAAAGUAUUAUGGUAGAUAACUAAAAUAUCAAACAUAUAUAUAUUCAAAGUUGUUAGAUAUUUGUUAAGUUUCCUUAAUUUUAGUUAUUCAUAUAUUUUAAUAUAAUUAAAAUAUCUCAUUCAAAAUCAUUAUAAAAUAUCUUGCCACAAUUAUGCCGAUUUUAGGGUGUGUAGUUAUGAAUAUUAAUGUGUUAGACAAAAAUAUUAUAGUGUAUAGUAUUUAAAAAAUAUAUUCAACCUAUAAAUAAUUUGGGUCUAAAGUUGUUUUGUUUUAAAACUAUUGAUAUUUUGUUUUAAUAAUUUGAAGUAUGUUGUAAAAUUCAUGAAUAUAUGUUAUUCUAUAUAUGUAAUUAUUUUAUUUUAUAAUUUAUAAAAUAUUAAAUAAAUAGAUUAAGUUAUUUUAUAUUUAUCCGUUUAUGUACUACUUAAUUAAUUAAUUAUGAAUACGAAUUUGUAUCUAUAUUAUUAAUUGAGAAGUGAAUUUGCUUACUUGUCAUCUUUUACAUGAUUUUAGGAUAAGUCUUUCGUUUAAUUAAUAUUAUUAUUUAAAAUAAUUUUCUCUGUGAUUUUAGGAUAAGUCUUUAGUUUAAUUAAUAUUAUUAUUUAAAAUAAUUUUCUUUGUGAUUUUAGGAUAAGUCAUCAAUUUAAUAUAUAUUAUUAUUUUUAUUUUAAUAUACAGUGAAACCUCUAUAAAUUAAUAAUGUUGGGACUACACCGUAACUAUAGUUAUUUAUUAAUUUAUAGAGAUAUUAAUUUAUCGAUAUACUAAUUGAACCAAAAACUCAAUUUGGACCUAUAAAAUUAUAUUAUUUUAUAGAGAUUUUUAGUGUAUAUUAAUUUAUAGAGUAUUAAUUUAAAAAGGUUAUAUUGUAUAUAAUUAUCAUGAUAUUUAGGUAUUUAAUUAAUAAAUAAAUAUUAACUAUUGGUAUUAAAAAUAUCCACUGAUAAUAUCAUAAUUACGCUUAUCUUAUAUUUAGUUUAUGAUUGUAGUGAUUAAUAUUAUGUUAUGAAUGCUAUAAAUGGUUUUAAUAACCUCUAUAAUAUUAUUUGAAAAGUCAGUUUUCUACGUGUCACACUCGCGUUAACUCUCACAGUGGUUGAUUACGAUGAUACCCUUAAUGAAUCAAAUAUAUAUAAUUACCAUUAUUAAAUAUUUAUUCUAUUUUUUCCUAUUUUUAUUUAGGUUUACUUUUUCUUUAUUUUAUAAAAUAAACAAAAUAGUAAAGAAAAAUUAUAAAUUUAAAAACGAAAAUAUAUUUUAUAUAUGGUGUAAUUCAUAAUAAGUAAAGUUCACAAAAUAAUCUUAGUUUUAAAGUAAAGAAAUAAUCUUCCCUUUUAAAAGAUAAUCCUAAACAACAUAAUAUAUAUUUUAAAAGCUUAAGCAUUUUAUUUAAAUCAAUCUAUUUCUCAAAUUAUCACAAAUAAUUUAAAUAACAUAAAAUAAGAUAUCUUUAAUGAAUAAAAUUUGAUUUAAUCUUUCUUUUUUUAUUUAAGUUUCCUUUUAUAUUUUUCAAAUAACAUAUAGGAUAAAUAAAAUAUUAAUAAAAUUUAAUACGAAUAUCUCUAUAAUAUUAUAUGAGAAGUCACUUUCCUAUGUGUCGCGCUUACGUUAAUUCUUACGACGGUUAAUUACCGAGGUAUCCUUAGUGAAUUAAAAAUUUCACAUUUAAAUACUAUUAUUGAUUUUUAUAUAGUUUUCUUUUAAAAAACUUACAAAUAACAUAUAAAAAGGAAACAUUUAUAAAGUUAAAAACAUGAAUUUAAAAGCGAAAAUUUAUUAUAUAUAAUAUGAUUUCGUUAAAAAGGAAAGUUCACAAAAUAGUAAUACUACAUUUAAAACAUAUUUUAAAUAACAUAAAUAUACUUU